UUUUUAUUUUUUUUUCAUAAAAAGCAUAAAUAAAUAAGUUGUCUACUUGAGUCCCAUUUCAAACUGUAUUUCCACUUUCUCUUCAAAGUUCAAACUAAAAUCUCAAACCCAGCAAAUCUCAAGCACUAUCAUCUCCAUUACUCAACCCCGCCGCCAUCGCCGUCGCCGCCGCCUCCGCCGGAAAACUCUCCACUACUAUUGUUCCUUAUGGCUCCAGAAAGCAAGCCUAAUAUCAGCGGAGUGCUGACGCACGGCGGGAAGUACGUGCGCUACAAUCUGUACGGUAACCUGUUUGAGGUAUCCAGUAAAUAUAUCCCGCCGCUUCGCCCCCUCGGCCGCGGCGCCUACGGCCUCGUCUGCUCGGCUGUGAAUAAAGAGGCUAAUGAGGAGGUUGCGAUUAAAAAAAUUGGGAACGCAUUUGAUAACAGAAUUGAUGCCAAGAGGACUUUAAGGGAGAUUAAGCUCCUGCGCCAUUUGGAUCACGAAAAUCUUAUUGCUAUCAAGGAUAUUAUAAGGCCACCAAAAAGGGAGGCUUUUAAUGAUGUGUACAUUGUAUAUGAACUGAUGGAUACAGACUUGCAUCAGAUAAUCCGGUCGGAUCAAGCAUUAACAGAUGAUCACUGUCAGUACUUUCUGUAUCAGUUGUUAAGGGGAUUGAGAUAUGUACACUCGGCACAUGUCUUGCAUCGUGACCUUAAGCCUAGCAAUUUAUUUCUGAAUGCAAACUGUGACCUUAAAAUAGGAGAUUUUGGGUUGGCAAGAACGACAUCUGAAACAGAUUUCAUGACUGAAUAUGUUGUCACUCGUUGGUAUCGAGCACCUGAGUUGCUACUUAAUUGCUCAGACUACACUGCUGCAAUUGAUGUAUGGUCCGUUGGUUGCAUUCUUGCUGAAAUAAUGACCAGAGAACCCCUAUUCCCUGGAAAAGACUAUGUUCAUCAGCUGAGGCUCAUUACUGAGCUAUUAGGCACACCUGAUGAAGCAAGCCUUAAAUUUCUACGAAGUGAUAAUGCAAGAAGAUAUGUGAAACAGUUGCCCCAAUUUCCGAAACAAAAUCUUGCUGCAAGAUUCCCAAGUAUGUCACCACUGGCUCUGGAUUUGCUAGCAAAGAUGCUUGUUUUUGAUCCAGAUCAACGUAUAACUGUUGAUGAUGCUCUCUGUCAUCCGUAUCUAUCCACUCUUCAUGAUAUAAAUGACGAACCAAUCAGCUCCACUCCUUUCAAUUUUGAUUUUGAGCAGCCAUCAUUAACCGAAGAAAAUGUUAAGGAUCUAAUCUGGAGGGAAUCGCUCAUUUUCAAUCCAGAUCCAGUCAGUUAGUUAUAUGCAUUUACACAUUGCCUAGUUUCUAUGUAUUAAGAUAAUUUUGUGUUGUCUGUAUAAAAAAAAUAUUGCAUUUUCUCUGCUCGAUGUGGAAUUCUAGCUAGCUUUCUACUCCUGAGACAUUCUCAAAAAUUUGACCGCGGAGACGAAAUGGGUCUUGCUUCUCCACGGUUACUUAUGUAAUUUAUGCAUCCAGACAUGUAUAACAUCUGGAGAUUGUGUUACUAGAAAUACGAUUGUUGUAAUUCUGAUGACUCUUGUAUUGCAAUGUAACUGAUAUGAAGAGCUACUGAUUGCUUGCAAA